CUCUGGCUCGCCGCCUUAUUGGCCUUGGGCACCAACGCACAAUCUUCUGAAACUUCUGCUGCAACCUCGGACGCAUCUUCAGCCUCGAGAUCUGGCACUCAGACCGGCAGUGGCUCCAGCAGCCCUUCUGUAGUCACUUUGACUGGCAGCGAGACUUCGUCGGCAGUCUUCACUGGAGGUAAAUUCUCGUACGCGUCCAUUGGCUCUCAGCAGAUUACCGCAUCGACACUGUACGCCGACAAGACCUCGACGUCCUCUACAUCUCGAACUGGAUCGUCGACCGGCACCGAGACCGCCACAACCCCUUCAGCUUCCAAGGGCUCGACAAGUAUUGCAACUCUGCUGGUUGGUGGAGGAGGCAUCGUGACUCAAAGCAUCAUCAACGGAACCGUCACUUUGAGCUCGCACCUGAACUCGACCCGCACUUCAUCUGCCGCCGGUACUGGUACCAGCAGCAGUGCCAAACCUACGAACACCACUCCCUGCAACAACUACCCCGAGUUCUGCGACCGCCAGUAUGGAAACAUCACUGAGGUUUGCGCCCACAACUCCGCUUUCGACAAGCCGGGUAAUCUCGCCUCCAACCAAGACCGCACCAUCACCGUCCAGCUCAACGAUGGUAUCCGCAUGAUCCAAGGCGAAACACACUAUGUGAAUGGCUCCAUNCUGAGUUGUCACACGUCUUGCGACUUGCUCAACGCUGGACCUUACCUCGACGAACUCAAUACAGUUGGCGACUGGGUUCGUGAUCACCCAUAUGAUGUCGUGACCAUCCUCAUUGUCAACAGCGAUUUCAUCGAGCCUGGAAACUACAGUGAGGUUCUCCAGCAGUCCAACCUUAAGGACUACCUUUACGAGCCACCAUACAUUCCCAUGCGUCUCGACCAGUGGCCUACUCUGUCCGAGUUGAUUCUGUCUCAGAAGCGCGUCAUCGUCUUCAUGGACUACAACGCAGACCAGGUCAAAUAUCCCUACAUUCUUGACGAGUUCACUCACAUGUGGGAAACUCCUUUCUCUCCUACUGAUCGUGCCUUCCCUUGCGAUACUCAACGCCCUCCCAACCUUGACCAAAACGUUGCCAGAACUCAAUUGAUGUACCUUGCCAACCACAACCUCAACACUGAUGUUUCACUCUUCGGCCAAAACAUUUUGAUCCCGAACUCGGCUGAAUUGAACGUCACUAACGCAGCUACCAUCGAAUAUGGUUCUCUUGGACUCGCCAACCAAAACUGUACUGCUAUGUGGAACCGUCCUCCUACUUGGUUGCUGGUCGACUAUUACGAUGUCGGAAAAGGCUCUGUUUUCGAGGUCGCUGCAAAGGCCAAUGGUGUCACCUACGACAGACCCUGCUGUGGUGCUACUUCCACCUCGGCGGCUGCCAACGUCAAGGGAUCUGCUGUGGCAUUGCUUGUCGCUCUUGUUGCAGCCAUUGCCAUUAGCAUG